AUGUCCGAAACGACAACGUCUGUCAAGUCAUGGGUAUACACCAAACCCUCUUAUCCAGAUACUCUUCACCUCUCCACCACCGACGUCCCCUCCACGCCGUCACCCGGUCAUAUCCUCGUGCAGAUCCAUGCUGCUUCUUUGAAUCCGGUGGACAUUCAACUCAUGAAUUUGCCGCUGCACUCACUACCAUAUCUGAAUGGUCCCAAGGUUCCAGGACGAGAUUUUGCUGGGACUGUUCUGGCCGCCGGUGAAGGAACCGAGUUCAAAAAGGGCGAUGAGAUAUACGGUAUUAUGCCGUUGGCCCUGGAUGGCACGGGCUUCCUGACCGAGGUUGCUCACAUUGACACCAGAAAGGCGUGCAUCAUCAAAAAGCCAAAACACCUCUCCUGGACGCAAGCUGCCAGUCUACCCUUGGUUUAUCUGACUGCACAAACGAUUAUUGAAAAAUGCAAGCCAUUCAUGAAAUCUCCUGUACCUUCCGAGAACAAACUGGUUGUCCUUGGCGGGUCUUCUUCCACCGGCAUCUACACCAUUCAGAUUGCCAAGUCGCUAGGAUGGUCAAUACUAGCCAGCUGCAGUGGUCGCAAUGUUGAAUUUGUUAAAGGUCUAGGCGCCUCGGAGGUUGUCGACUACACCACGUCGCCCACCGCUGUGGUUGACGCCGUAAAGAAGUUCGCUCCCCAUGCCAUUGCAGACUGUGUCGGUGGGACAGACUGUAUUGGGCUCGCCCCUCAAUAUGUGACUAUUGUGGGAGACAAGACCUCUCGGUCAUCCAUGGGCGGCAGUGCAUUGUACCUGACGCAUCCUCGCAUGGUGGCUAGAUGGCUGCUGGGAUAUGUCGGGUUGGGCAAAUCAUACGAAUGCAUCCUUCUUGAUGCCAGAAAAGAGUGGUUGGAGGAAACCACGAAGCUCGAUCCGGAGAAGGAUGUUAUCAUUGAUAGUGUCUUCGAGUUCGAAAAGGCGAAAGAGGCUUUUGAGAGGCUGAAUACUGGCCGCGCGAGAGGAAAAGUCGUAGUCGAGGUGCGACGGUCAUGA